AUUCAUAUAUAUGAAUAUUUUACUAAUAAAGAUGACUAUUAUAAAAGAAUACAGAAUAUGUAUGCCCAUUACAGUUGAAGAGUACCAAGUUGGUCAGCUAUAUAUGAUAAACAAACACAGCCAUGAACAAAGUGAAAAGGGAGAAGGUGUAGAGGUUUUAGUAAAUGAACCAAGCAAUCAUGAAAAGUAUGGUGAAGGAAGAUUUACUGAGAAACGUGUCCAUCUAAACAGUAAACUUCCUUCUUGGAUUCAAUCUUAUGUGCCAAAGAUAUUUUAUGUUACAGAAAAAGCAUGGAACUACUAUCCUUAUACAAUUACUGAAUAUAAUUGCUCUUUUUUGCCAAGAUUUUCGAUUGUUGUCAAAACAGGAUAUAAAAAUGACAAUGGUUGUACAGAAAAUUUUUUAGAAUUAGAAGGAAAAGAACUAGAAUCUAGGGAGAUUGUACACAUGGAUAUUGCUUUUGAUGAGUUACCUGAAAAACAUUAUAAAAAAGAAGAGGAUUGCAGAUACUUCAAAUCUAAGAAAACUGACAGAGGUCCACUAGAACAAGGAUGGAGGAUGAAUACUGUUCCGAUAAUGUGUUCUUAUAAGCUUGUUACUGUUGAAUUUAAUGUUUGGGGGUUAGCUUGGCGUGUGGAGAACUUUGUUCAUAAUGCAAUUAAAGAUAUAUUACUUCUUGGCCACAGACAAGCUUUUGCUUGGAUAGAUGAUUGGUUUGAUAUGACACUUGACGAUGUACGUCAAUAUGAAAAGCACAUGCAAGAAGAAACUAACAAAAAAGUAGUUGGUGAGAAAACAAGUCAUUAGAAUGUCAAUUACUUUAGAAAUGAUCUAGCUCCGAAAAACAGUAAUAUAAGAUUUGAGGCUUGGAAACUAGUUUAUCUAGAACAUACUAUUUCAAAAUUCAGUUCAUUAACUUUGUGUAUUGAUGUUUUUUUAAACCAUUAAAACAUGACAUCAUUAAUUUAUGGUGGCCUAAUUGUAUAUACCAUAAAACAUUGUAUUUAAGUAUAGCAUUUAUUUGGCGUUUCAAAAUUCCACUUAAA